AUGGCCUCACGCAUCGCCGCCAAGCGCCUCCAGAAGGAGCUCACAGAGCUGCAGACCAAGGGGCCGCCAACUGGCUGCCGCAUCAUUCACGCCGACAACCUCGAGGAGUGGGUCGUCGCCCUGUCCGUUCUCGGCGACUCGUGCUUUCAAGGCGAGGAGUUUGCCCUGCGCUUCCGCUUCUCGAACCAGUACCCUAUAGACUCGCCCGAGGUCACCUUCCUCACCAGCGACGGCUUCAAGCCGCCGCAGCACCCGCACCCUGGGGCGGUGUCGCCAUUCCACAUCUGCGCCUCGGUCCUCGGCAGCGGCUGGUCCCCAGUCCUCAACGUCCAGAGCCUCCUCAUCACUAUGCAGAGCAUGCUCGCGUCGUGCAAGUCGAAGGAGCUCCCGCCGGACAAUGAUCGUUACGUCCGCAACGCGCCCAAGUCGCCCAAAGAUACGAGAUGGGCGUAUCACGACGACACCGUCUGA